AUGUCAGGUUAUGGUCCAAACUACGGUAGUGAAUAUGGAACGCCUAAAAAAGAAAUGCAAAGUCAAGGAGGUGGUUGGGUCUCACCUUCUGAAGGUUCCUCUUAUUUCAGUUCCGAUUCUCCUAAACAUCAGUCAAGUUCGGGGAGGGAAACUCGGCAAACAUUACGACCAGUGUCUAUUAAGCAAAUAUUGUCUAUAGAACCUAAAGAGCCACUUCAGCUUGAUGGACAUGACAUUUCUAGUGUUACUUUUGUAGCAACUAUUAGGUCUGUAAAUGAGCAAGCAAACUAUAUUAAUUAUAUAAUGGAAGAUGGCACCGGAUCAAUUGACGUUAAAUCAUUUUUCAAUGAUGAUCUGAAAGAUGAAAAAAAAUUCGAACACAAAGCGAAUACUUAUGUUCGAGUGCUUGGAAUAGUCAAAUUGGUUCAAAAAAUUGUUGUAAACCCUUACUCCAUACGUCUAGUUACUGAUCAUAAUGAAAUCAGCUAUCAUUUCCUAGAAGUAAUUCAUGUCCAUUUAUCUCUUACCAAAACCCCAAAGAAUUCGACAGCAUUACAAUACGGAAAUAACGCAUUCACUUCCAGUAAUAGUCACAACGAUCAGUCUUUUGGCGGUAACAGAUUCAAUAACGCUAGGAAUGAACCGGAUGAACAAUAUCCUACCACCUUCACGGAAAUUCAUAAAGCUAUAAUGCGAUAUGUGAACAAAUUUCAAGAAGGAAACAGUGAUGAGAUUGCAGUUCAAGAUAUUCUAAAUGAGUUUAACAUGUAUGGUCGGAGCACUGUGAGGGACGCGAUUGAUUGGUUAAAGACCGAAGGUCAUCUUUUUACUACGACUGACGAGGAACACGUCAAAUCUACAUCUGAAAUUUGCUAA